AAGCUUUCUACAUCCAGCACGCAUAAGCUGUAGUUGAGCGGUACGCGACUUGCAAUUAUUAUAUUUACUACAUCCAGAGACAAUUCGCUAAGGAAAAACCAUAAACAAGUUCACAUGCAAGGUGAAGCAUUGUUGUAAGUCAAGCUCAGUCUACUGAGAGCAGGAGCUUGCAAAUCGAGAGCAACAACUAAGCUUUGGUAUUCCGCUCAGCGGAAGUUUGCUUGCGAUACGCGAUAAAAGUUUUAAAUUACUGUAGGCAUUAAACUGCUUUAAGAUGCAGUGCCUGAAGGUUAUACUUAUAUUUGUGGCGCUGCUCAGCGUCAAUUGCCAAUUGCCGCUGGCCAAAAGCUACUCCGCCGAGUAUACAGAUUUGCUGGAAUUGAGCGACAACGAGGAGUUCCAAUGGGGCGCAGCUGAGAAUCAGCUUUAUAGCAAUGCUAAUGCCAAUAAUAAAACCGACUUUUUAUCACGUCAUCAUUUGAGCAAGCGACAGGCAGAAGCUUCACUGCUGGAGAACAAGGACUAUGGACCUUGUCGCACUUCUCUUGGCGAUGCUGGACGCUGCCGUCAUAUCAUUUAUUGUCGCAUGCCCGAGCUAAAGGAUGAUGUCUGGCGUUUAGUCUCGCAGCUUUGCAUCAUAGAAAAAAGUUCCAUCGGUAUUUGCUGCACGGAGCAGGCGAGUAGCUCACGCUUUAGCCCACAAAUAUCGCCUAGCCACGAGGAGACCCCACGCAUCGUCAAUCGCCCAGAGCAGCGUGGUUGCGGCAUUACCACACGUCAGUAUCCUAGGAUAACUGGUGGCCGUCCAGCGGAGCCGGAUGAGUGGCCUUGGAUGGCGGCCUUGCUGCGUGAGGGUCUGCCUCAUGUCUGGUGUGGUGGUGUGCUCAUCACAGAUCGCCAUGUCCUUACAGCGGCUCACUGCUUGCACAAGCGCACCAAGGAGGAGCUCUUUGUGCGCCUGGGCGAGUAUAAUACGCAUCAAUUGAAUGAGACUCGCUCGCGUGAUUUUAGAAUCGCCACCAUGGUGUUGCAUGCCGAUUUCGAUUCGUUGAGUUAUGAGAAUGAUAUAGGACUUAUUCGCAUAGAGCGCCCCACGCUGUUCAACAGCUACAUAUGGCCUGUGUGCAUGCCGCCGCUAAAUGAGGAUUGGACUGGACGUCAUGCCAUUGUUAUGGGCUGGGGCACACAAACUUUUAGCGGUCCACACUCCAAGGUGCUUAUGGAGGCCAGUUUACCAGUGUGGAAACAGACGGAUUGUCAGAAGGCCAUGGUUGAGCAUAUACCAAGCACCGUAAUUUGCGCAGGCGAGCCAGAAGGUGGGCAGGAUAGCUGUCAGGGCGAUAGUGGUGGUCCCUUGUUGGUCCAGCUGCCAAACAAUCGUUGGGUAUCCAUUGGCAUUGUCUCCUGGGGCGUGCGCUGUGGCGAACCGGAACGACCAGGUGUCUAUACGCGCGUGGAUCGCUAUCUUGACUGGAUCAUAUCCAAUGCGGACAUUUAAGC